CCCCCCGCCGCCGAUGAUGAAAGUACGGUUCGGACGACUCUGAAACCCCAAGUGAAGCACCUCAAAGGCCGCCAAACGACCCCUCCAACCGGAACCAACACCAAGUUGCCAACCCCUCUUCUGGCGGAAAUCUCAUCGGCCUCAUCCCCGUACGGCACCCAAACAUCCGAUCCAGAGCCCUUUGCCGCUUCCCACAUGAUCAUGCGGGAAGCUCCUGAAAGUGUAAUGCGAAUUGGGCUAUUGGAGGACGAAGAAGAGAGUCAGGGUAUAGCAGACAAGCAGACUCUCUCUUUGCCCACUGAUAUAUGGGCCAGUCUGUGCCCGCAUGAAAGUCGUUACAUCGAAUGA